AGGCUUCUACCUAUUAUUUAAGACAAUGGAUAUUGCCAAUAUAUCAACUGUGUCUGAAUUUGUUUUGCUGGGACUCUCUAAUUCCUGGGAGCUACAGAUGUUUUUCUUCGUGGUGUUUUCAUUGUUUUAUGUGGUAACAAUGGUGGGUAAUAGUCUCAUAGUCGUCACAGUUAUAGCUGACUCUCACCUACACUCUCCUAUGUAUUUCUUGCUUACCAAUCUUUCAAUCAUUGAUAUGUCUCUUGCUUCUUUUGCCACGCCCAAGAUGAUCACAGACUACCUCACUGGACACAAAACCAUCACUUUUGAUGGUUGCAUAACACAGAUAUUUUUCCUACAUCUUUUUACUGGUACUGAGAUUAUUUUACUCAUGGCUAUGUCCUUUGACAGGUAUAUUGCAAUAUGCAAACCUCUCCGCUAUGCUUCAAUCAUAAGUCCCCAGGUGUGCAUUGCUCUUGUGGUGGUUUCCUGGGUGGUGGGAGUCAUGCAUUCAAUGAGCCAGGUCAUAUUUGCCCUCACAUUACCAUUCUGUGGUCCCAAUAAGGUAGAUAGCUUUUUCUGUGACCUUCCUGUGGUGUUCCAAUUGGCUUGUGUAGAUACUUAUGUUCUGGGUCUGUUUAUGAUCUCAACAAGUGGCAUAAUUGCCUUGUCUUGCUUUAUUCUUUUGUUCAAUUCUUAUGUUAUUGUCCUGGUUACCAUCAAGCAUCAUUCUUCGGGAGGAUCAUCCAGGGCUCUUUCCACUUGCACAGCUCAUUUCAUUGUUGUCUUUAUGUUCUUUGGACCAUGCAUCUUCAUCCACAUGUGGCCACUAAGCAGCUUUCUGGUAGACAAGAUCCUGUCUGUGUUUUAUACCAUCUUUACUCCCAUUCUGAACCCAAUAAUCUAUACUUUGAGGAAUCAAGAAGUUAAGAUAGCUAUGAGGAAACUGAAGAAGAGGUUUCUAAAAUCCAACAAGGCAACCCCUCAUCAUUAUUUUUAG